AUGAAUUCCAAUCCGCAAGGCCUUCGGUUUCCGCAGCCGCAUCCACCCACAUCUGCCUUCUCCCAGGGUCGCGCUGAAUUCACACAAGCCAACGCCAUCUCGUCCAGAACUAACGAAUUGACCCGUCAUCGAGAUUUCAUCCUCUAUUCACAUGUCAUCCAAGCCUUGCUCGUGGCCGACAAGCAUGAGUUGGACCUGCUGAAGGUCAUGCGCGAGCAACCAGAGUCUCCCCUAUUCCGAGGAUUCUAUGGAAACAUUUACUCCACUCCUCCAGAGGAUAUCUUCUCUUUGAUUCUACUGAUCAGAGCGGACGAGAGCUGGGACGCUAUGAAACAGGAUGUCCUAAUACAAGUCAACAACGCUCAACCUCUUCCAGCGUCUUUUGGCACGAAUUCCAAGAGAUCGGGUCACCAGUACACAAGACCUAGACGGAGGUUAUUUCACUCUCCUUCGGGUCCCCAGCAGAGCCAUCCCGGGUUCGUAUCACAACAUCCGGGUCGUGGUGCAGGCUCAUCUGGCGCCGCAGGGAGCCCUACGUCUGCUGAGGGCCAUUUAUCGAAGGUGAAUUCUGGUCGAACCGCGCCUCCUGGUUAUUGUUUCUACUGUCCGUCGAAGAAUUGUAAGAAAUUCUUCAUCAAGCAAGGUCACUAUGAGAAUCAUCUGUGGACAUUGCACCAUGAGAUUGCUGGUGCCCACGACCCAGCCGACGACCUCCGCAAGAUACCGAGCUCAGGACAGCCAAGUACGGAAGGCAUGAGUGAACCGGGUGCAGCAAGACCGCCUAGAGGUGCUACGGCACUGUCACCCCCUCGACCAGUCCUAGCAACUUCGAUGCCACACCCAUCUAAUUCAGCUUCUCCUUUGCCGCAGAUCGUCCCAUCACUUGGCCUCAACCCCCAUACUGUCGGCUCAUACACACUUCAGUCCGGUACCAGCCCUCAAACCAGCCUUCCCCAGAAACGACCCCCUGACACAGGCAUACUUCCGUCUGACUUUGAAUUUCAGAAUGAUGAAGACUGGAAUUCCUUUCUCCUUUCCGACGAACAGCAAUUUUUGCAAACACCGUUGAGCCAAACAAAUUCAAAUUCCAACCAAUCUUUUUUCUCCAUGGGCUCCCACACGGGAAGCUAG